CCCCAGCGCUGCGUGGGCGGAUCGUCCCCUGGCCUCCCCUGUAUGUGAGAGACGGGGCCGGCGCCUCGAGCGGAGCCGGACCGUGGGAGGGUUGAGCCGGGAGCCGCCGCGGGAGGAAAGGAGGCUGCGGGGAGUGCUUCCUUCCUACUGCCCGCACUGCCUGGUGCGGCAGCCCCAGCAUGGAAGCCAUCGCCAAAUACGACUUCAAAGCUACGGCAGAUGACGAGCUAAGCUUCAAACGGGGGGAUAUACUUAAGGUUUUGAAUGAAGAAUGUGAUCAGAAUUGGUACAAGGCAGAACUCAAUGGAAAAGAUGGCUUCAUUCCCAAGAACUAUAUAGAAAUGAAGCCACAUCCGUGGUUUUUUGGAAAAAUUCCCCGGGCAAAGGCUGAAGAGAUGCUAGGCAAACAGAGACAUGAUGGUGCAUUCCUUAUCAGGGAGAGUGAGAGUGCUCCUGGGGACUUCUCUCUCUCGGUCAAGUUUGGAAAUGAUGUGCAGCACUUCAAGGUGCUUAGAGAUGGGGCUGGCAAGUAUUUCCUCUGGGUGGUGAAGUUCAAUUCUUUGAAUGAGCUGGUAGAUUAUCACAGAUCCACGUCUGUCUCCAGGAACCAGCAAAUAUUUCUACGGGAUAUUGAACAGGUGCCACAGCAACCAACGUACGUUCAAGCUCUGUUUGAUUUUGAUCCCCAGGAGGAAGGAGAGUUGGGUUUCCGCCGCGGAGACUUUAUCCAAGUCCUUGACAAUUCUGACCCCAACUGGUGGAAGGGAGCCUGCCACGGACAGACGGGCAUGUUUCCACGCAACUAUGUGACCCCAGUGAACCGGAACAUCUAGAGAUAAAUAUUACAGAUUAUUUAAAGAAACAAGAGAAACAGUAAUUACAUACAGAGCCUAACUGCAGCCAGUGACCUAAAAUCACACGGCGAUAAAACCUGAGUCACCUUUCACCGUGAGGUGAUCCUCCUUCACAGUGUGGAACUUCAGGGGCUGAAGGGGGUGGGGGGGAGGGAAGAGUUCAACUUACACACCAAAACUUAUCAAAAAAGAGGAAAAAACAAAAGAAAACAAAACAAAACAAAACAAAAAAAAAAAAAAAAAGAAUUUCCUCAGCUGCUCCUGGGUUACUCCCUUUCAUUUACUUAAUGUUUCCCCUUGUCCUCUGUCCAGGCAUGAAGUUUUAAUGCCAUUUAAAAUUGUAGCCAUGCAGUUAAAGGAAAAGGGAGAAACUCUGCUGGUAUUUUCUCUCUGCAAAUGGUUUAUUUGUCAUGAAGGGACAUGAGAGGAAAACCAAAUACACAGUCCUGCCUUUAAAAAAAAAAAAAUAAUAAUAAUUUAAAAAGUCUCUGCUCUUGCCUUCAGCAUUCAGCUGCUCUUGCCUGAGAAAGAUGAGGUAUUGCUCUAAUUUUUGUCUCUUCUCCUUUGUCACUUUCUUCUGAAGCUCAGCAGCUUCCAAGCUGAGGAAGGGAGAAGAGUUGUGGAUUUCUUUUUUUGUUUGAGUCACAGAGUUGCUUUCAGAAACUCCAAACUACAACCGAAGUUUGUUAUUGCUGUGCUGAUAGUCUUUUUGUUUCUUUUCUUAACUGUGUACGGUUGAGCACAUUCUGUAAUUUUUUCCAUAGUGCCUUUCCCUUGUUUUUUUUUAUUAUUUUUUAAGUUAAAAGGACAGUCCAGAGCUUUUCAGAGGGCCUUUUUUUCUGCCUAUGUGUAAAUAAAUACUUCUGGAUGGAAGGUGUAAAGGAAGGGUGGCUUUGUCAAUGGAUACCUGAAAAAAAUCUAUAGAGAUGGAGCUUUGUUCUAAAGAUUUGACUUGUUCUUUGACUUUCCUUGUUACAGGGGAAAAAAAAAAAAAAAAGGCAUUCCUUGGCAGCUUGGGCUGCUCAAACAUGGGAAGCUGAAACCAGAAGCCUCAAAAGAUUUAAGAGAAAGGGGAAAAACAUGACCAGGGAAAAUGAGGAAGAAUAUUUGGGGAAGGGAAGGUUAUGUAGGGAAUUUGAGAAAGAGUAGCCCUGAGAUGUCCUACAAAAUGUACAUUCCGUUGAUGGAAAAUUAUAAUGCAGAAAAACCUCCAAGAAACAGUGCUUGAAAACAUUUUAUGCUAUUAGUGAAUGUUUCUAUGUGAUGCAUGUAAUCAGCCUGUCUCUUUUGCCUGGAUAAGGGAGUUAUUUGCAGUUGUGUUGCUCUUGAAAAGUGGGGUUGGCAUCACUGUUCUCCAGUUUCUCCUCCCUCUUCAGGUCAGUGUUACUGUUAGACUCCCCAUUCACACCAGGCUGUGUGAUGACUGUAAUUCCCACCUUUUCCAAUAAUGGCCUUCAUUGUGGCCAUUUGCUUUUUCACCAGAGCAGUGUGACAUUGAAUUGGAUAGAAAGAAAUCAAACUGCAUUACUCCCUGUGCCAAUCUUCAGUUGUGUUAUUUUUCCUUUUGAGAGCUACUUGGCUGGAUCCCUUCACUCCAACAACGAAUCCAGAAGCUGCAGUGGAGAGCUUCUCCUGUCCUGCCUAAGUACAGGCAGUCGCUUGUUGGAGGGUGCCUUUUUUGUACUAAAUGUUAUGUUUUAUUUCUGAGACAAACUCUGCCUUACACUUUAAUUUUCCAGCAGAUUAAAGAGAGAGCUAUCCUGUAGAGCAUUACUUUCUCCCCCUCUCUUUGCUAGCUGUCACUCACUUUCUUCCUUCUUCAUAAAGUGAUUGGAAGAAGAAUCUAUGGCAUUCUAUACCUGGACCAUUUGAUUGUUUCCUUAUUUUGGAAUUGGUGUAUAUCAUGCAACCUUGCAGACAUAUGUCUUGUGUGUGUAUAUAUAUUAAAAAAAAAAAAAUCAGUGUUUAAAUAAAAAAAGGCCUAUGUACUUAAUCCUUUAACUCUGCAGCAGCAUUUGGUAGAUAGUAAUUAACUGUGAAUAAUAAAUAUACAUUGAAUUCUUCA